GCCGUUACAAUAAAUUUCCCUGUUGGUAUCGGAUUCUGGUAUUGCUAUUGGCCCCCAAGUGUGCUCAACCAUUACUCCAUUGCAAUAUUGCAUAACCUGAACACGCGGCCUAUACGUUCCGUUAGGGUUUUGAGGAGGCUAAUAGCGGAGCAGAUGUGAUUGGGAUAUGGUUUUGCGACAUGGCGAGGGACGGGUACGUGGUCCCUGCCGACCCUCAGGUGGUUGCUGCGGCCGCCGUCAAGAAGAAGACGCAACCCGCCAGGAGUUGGAUUCUCAUCAACGCUUCUGGACAAGGAACCAUUCUUGAUGCUGACAAGCACGCGAUCAUGCAUCGCGUGCAGAUUCACGCGCGCGAUCUCCGGAUUCUCGACCCACUGUUGUCUUAUCCCUCUACCAUUCUUGGACGAGAGAGGGCUAUUGUUUUGAACUUGGAGCACAUCAAGGCAAUUAUUACUUCUGAGGAGGUACUGCUUCGAGAUCCGCUGGAUGAAAAUGUCGUCCCAGUUGUUGAGGAACUUCAAAGGCGACUACCUCCCGCAAAUCUCAUUCUCCAAGGUCAAGGAGAUGGGAAAGAGUAUCCCAGUGGGCAAAAUGACAUUGAGGCUGGUGAAGAGGAUGAGUCCCCAUUUGAAUUCCGGGCACUGGAGGUAGCUUUAGAAGCCAUCUGUAGCUUUCUAGCUGCGCGUACAACAGAACUAGAGACUGCUGCUUAUCCUGCUUUAGAUGAGCUUACUUCCAAAAUUAGUAGCCGUAACUUGGACAGAGUUCGAAAACUGAAGAGUGCAAUGACGAGGUUGACUGCUCGGGUUCAGAAGGUGAGAGAUGAACUUGAGCAACUGCUGGAUGACGAUGAUGAUAUGGCUGACCUUUACUUGUCAAGAAAGUUGGCUGGUGCAUCGCCAGUUAGUGGAUCUGGGGGUGCCUAUUGGUUUUCUGCCUCACCUACCAUAGGUUCAAAAAUUUCUAGGGCAAGUAGAGCGAGUGUGGCAACAGUUCGUGGAGAUGAGAAUGAUGUUGAGGAUCUUGAAAUGUUACUAGAGGCCUAUUUUAUGCAAAUUGAUAGCACGCUGAACAAAUUAAACACGUUGCGUGAAUAUAUUGAUGAUACGGAGGAUUACAUUAAUAUUCAGCUUGACAAUCAUCGAAAUCAGCUAAUUCAGUUAGAGCUCUUUCUAAGUUCAGGAACUGUCUGUUUAUCUAUCUAUUCUUUGGUGGCUGGAAUAUUUGGGAUGAAUAUACCAUAUACAUGGAAUGAUAACCAUGGAUACAUGUUUAAAUGGGUGGUAAUCAUAACAGGAGCAUUUAGUGCCGCUUUAUUCAUACUAAUUAUGUCCUAUGCUCGCUAUAAAGGUUUGGUUGGAUCUUGAAUAAAGGUUCUCUUUAGAGGAAGAAUACUGAGAUUCUUGGUGGGAAGGUCAGAGGUUGAGUCUGGAGGAAGUUGAUAUAAAUCGUCAAACGGCUGAUCAAUUGCAACAGUGAUAAUUGUAAAACAAUACAGAAUUUUACUUGUCAUUUUUCCUUGAGAGUACUGAUUCAUAAUUUUCCCUUAUUUUUCUUAUAGGCAUCAGAAUUUGGAGAUAAAUAUAGUUUUAUUUAUUUUGUUAAUGUGUAACCAUCAUUAUGUUUUCAAAACAAACAUUGUUUGUUAUUAUCCCAAAAAGUAUAUAAAUAAUUUAUAAGAGAUUAUUUUUGGUCAA